AUGACCCAGGACGAAAACGUGGUCCUCGGGGUGUCCUCAGUCAGCGAGAUACUUCUUCAGCAGUACCCGGUACCUGUCAAGAGUCUCCUGCUGGGGAUCGAUGUGUAUGUGGCCGUCAGUUAUACGGAUCAGCCCUUCGUCGCUGUUGAGGUGAAACGACCUAUUUGCUCCUUCGGGAAGUACUGCCUCCACGUCAGAGGGUGUAGGACGACCUGCCCUUACGACUACGACUUGGAACUGUUCGCUUGUCCAAUUCCUCAGGCUCUUUGCGUGUUCGGACAGUCGUGUACCGAAGGACAGGGGGUGGACACUUGUGUUGCUCCUGAAGUCCUGCCAACGUGGACCACCAUAGAAGGGACAGCAGCCAGCCAGAUUGUAAAUGUACCAGGAUUUCAACGAAUAUCCUACACUGGGGGCGUCCAAGUGCUUCCCGGGGAUGUUGUCUCUGUUAAUGGAACUAUUGGCAGAAGACAACUUGUCAGGUCAACGAAGCCGCAUCCGAAACCUCAGACGAGACCAGCUCGAAACCCUGGCGAAGGCGGUGACGGGGACACAGUGGAUUCCUCGCCAACGGGAUACCACCAUUACGUCGCUUAUUUACUCGAGCAGGACGUGGUAGUGAAGCUUGGCCACGCAUGCACGACAGUGAAUAGGGACGUCACGUUACUCCUUUCGGGUCCCUCGAACUAUCCCAUGAGCAACACUACGUCCUGUGAGAGAAAUAUAACCGACGUGGAGCUUUCUGUGACACAGCCGAUCACAGACGAGUUCGACGCGACGCUUAACCAGGAAUCACCUUAUUAUGUGAGGACCUCAGACACUGCGCAGCUUCUGGUGACGUUCAGCGUGGCGGGUCCGAUUUACGUGGUGUUCACGUUCCUUCCGGACAUUGGCUCGGAGAUGAUGAAUGAUACAGGGGACUUCCCCGCCAGAGACAGCGGUCCUUACGUCCUCUCCCACGCGGUGCAGUUCACACAACCGGACAGUUACACCGCGACAGCCUCAGCAAGUAACAAGCAUAACGAAGACACGGGUCCUCUCGAAAGCACGGUGACUGUGGUGGCACAACACCCCGUGGUUGAGACGUGGCAGAUGGCACCGUCGGAUAUCGCUUUCUUGGCACCCGUUCAUUUGCCGGCCGUCACGUUCACCGAGGCCACAGAGGCGCCUUUCCCCACGGAUGCGACUGUGGCUGUGGACUGGGGCGAUGGUUCUUCUCCCACAUCCUCUCCCUUCACAGACCCGCCAUCUGCGAACCAUAUUUAUGCGUCGGGCGGUACCUACACCGUCAACGCCUUCAUUUAUAAUAUGGUUUCCAGCGUUAAUGUGACUUGCGAGGUCGAAAUUGUCGAGCAGAUCGUCGACUUCACGGUUGCUGUGAAAUACCUUCCUUAUGCCCUCGCUACCACACUCAACGAGGGCACGGGGAAGGAUGCAAAUGAAUAUCCUAUUAAGAGAAAUCUCACUUUCUAUCCUUCGAUGGUUAUGGGUACUGUGGAUGAAUUCACUCUGGAACACAAUGGAACAGUGGUUGCCCAGUUCGAGGUUGAGGAUCCGUUAAAUCCCACACUUACAACCUUUGAUUAUUAUUACGAUCAGGAAGUCGAGAUCAUCGUGACAGUGCGGGCCAUCAACUUCUUCGAAAGCGUUCCCUUCGACUUCGUCAUGCUUAUCGUGGGAGAAGUCAAAGGCUUGAAGUUGGACGACUAUUCUGUUACUACUGGAAAGAACGAGACCAAGACGUUGCUGGUGACCUUCGAGAGCAUAGGCGGCUCGACCUGCCUCGUUGUCAGCUGGGGAGACGCGACUAUGACAAGCUACGGGGACUUUUUCACGUGCACGUCUGAGAACAUGAACAUUACCUACGAGACCGAACCCUACCUCGAUGUUUCCAUGAAUGUCACUCAUGUGUACGAGGAAGAAGGACCAUACACAAUCACAGCCAUGGCCUUCAACCCCCUUAGUAACGUGAUCGUCGAACUCCUCGUCAUAGUUACGUCGAUUGACUGCGGACCUCCUAAAGCCCAGGUUAUCGACGGCGUAGAAUGGCAUUACAAUGCUCCUGCUUUUCAUAGGGGGUACCUUGCCUCUGUCAGUACGGCGGCGACUCUCAAUUGUGCUGUCACUUCGAAGACUAAGAAGGAAUGGAAAAUCUACCACGCAGACAAGGAAACAGGUCAGAUCACGGACGAAGUGGUGGUAAAGGACAUUCUGCAAUCUUGGAAUCGUUCCGAAAUAAUCAUUCCAGCGAGAUUCCUGAUGUACGGUCUCUAUAAGCUGUAUUAUACCAUCACUAUGCACGACCCUGACGUGUUGGAGGACUGGAUGGUAUUCCAGAAGGAGAUCGAGACGUACAUAGAGAUCAUAAAAACGCCCUUAAGACCAAUGAUCGUGGAAGGGGGCGUGUCCUUUUUCAUAAGAGGUCCGAACCAGGUCAUUCUGUUCGAGCCAGCCAAGUACUCCCUGGAUCUCGAUUUCCCCGAAGAAAAAGCUUCAGGACUCCUCGACUACCCCGGAGACUCCCUGGUCCUGUUCGGCAAGGACUUCGUCGCCCUCGAGACAACCUACGAGAUGAGUGUGACCCUCGCGAAGGACACGAGGGAGGCGACCGUCAUGACCCAGGUCGAGUUGCUGGCAUUUGACCCUCCGAUCAUCAGCAUAUCACUCACAAAUUCAAGACUUAUAGAUAUCGUAGUUCAAGACUCUCACACCAUGUGCGUGGACCCGGCCCUCUGUAUCCCAUCGGCCGUCGGAGUUUACAUUAACCCGUCUCUACGCAUGGGGGUCGUAGCGAACUGCACUGAUGUGUGUAGAAAUCCACUGCGUUACAAGUGGAUCGUCGCGGAUCACAACAAUGUGCCUUUCCCGGUUACCAGCGCCCACUUUCCCGUCGGAGAUUCAGAAAUGGAAUUGGCUUUCAGUGACCAAUUCUUCACUGACAAUCCUCACGUGACAGCUAUUCGUUUAUCCGUUCAAGUCACAGACGCUCUGUCGGUAGUUGGUGGCGCCGCCUACUUCAUGCAGGUGAACCAGAAGCCAAGUGGGGGGAUCUGCCUCGUCUCCGGGCCUGGGACAUCACGAGCUGUUAUUGACAUGUUUCAGCUUACGUGUUCAGGCUGGGCCGAUCCUGAAGGCGCGGGCGUCGCCUCCUAUUUAAUUACUUUGAUUCCUGCCGAAGGAGGACCCAAGACCCUGACGGAGAUGCCCCACAGCAGUACCAUGCUGCCCAAGAAGCUGGUGCUGCCCCCUGGGAUCUUCGAUUUCGAGGUCAAAGUGAAAGACGUUUGGGGCGCUUUCACCGAGACGGUUUUCCAGACGGGGUUCGAGGUAACCAUGCCGACGAAGGAGGAAUAUGACAAUGCCAAUUUAACCACCGUCAUGGACACGCUACGAGGAGCAGGAAACGGAGAGAUGCUGAUUAUGAUGAUCGCUGCCCAGAGUGCUCUCAUGGCGAAGGCAGAAUGGCUCUCCCUGGACCCGGUCGCCCUGGCCAACGUCAGCGCCGACGCCAAAGCUGCCCGGAUGGUUGAAAUCGCCAGCCAGGUUAACAGCGCCCUGGACGGCAUCAAGGACAACGUCAACCUGAAGAAUAUAGAGAGUCUGGACGUCACUUCGUCAACCAUCGCGACAAUUAUGAACGGAGCUUCGGCCAACGAGGACGCGGCGAAGACCGUCGAUUUGGACGCACGCGCGAAGGUCCUCGAUAUUUCUGGGAACCUGAUCAACACCCUGGACAGCAUGGAUGUCUCUUCCCCGGCAGAGCUCGCGACGGUUGGGAAUAAUCUUCUGACUGUUCUUGGCGGCGUGGCAAAGGGUAUGCAAUCGCUGGGUGACGAGAGCGUAGGGUGUGACGUAGCAUCUCCGGCCGACAUGAAAAAGGCCGAUUUAAUUGACUAUGACACCGGAGUCACGGGAAUUGACAUGGAGAUUCCAGAGGAUGUCCAGGAGGCGCAGAAAUGCAACGUUCGAGACAGCAGUAUUAAGCAGGCUGAGUCGGAGGGACCGAAAGUGGACGAGAUGAUCUCCAGCCUCGCCAGGAACGUGCUGAAGAAGGCGGUGCUGGGGGAGAGCCUCACCCUCGAGUCCUCCAACGGCAUGGUCAUGAAGAUGGACAUAGUGAAGGGCAACCAACUCACCGACGAAGGCUUAUCGGUCGGCAAGCACGGAGCCAAGUUUACCUUCCCGUCCGGAUUCUGUCCUCAAGGGAACUGCUCUUCGCCCAUCGCCACUUCUGCUAAGGAGUGGCCGACGCUCAUUAAUACCUACACCGGCGGCGCGAAGGACCUGUCCCCUGAAACUCGGGUUCUGGACCUCGAUCUCUUCGACAGGAACCUCGGCAGUCUCGAAGUCUGGGAUUUGGUGGAUCCCAUUCGCCUCGUCCUGACAAGGAAUGUGGGGAACGGGUCCUCUCUGCCAGAUUUCCAGUACGUCAACGCAAGCCAGGAAUCACAGCUUCAGCAGACCCCCAUUAUGUAUAGCACUUUCAACGUCACAAAGAGCGGCUUAUCAGUGAACCUGGAGAUAACGCCGACCGACCCCGAGAACCACCGCCUGUUCGUGUUGGUCUCGGCGCCGAAGGUCCCGACGCUCAAGGACCACAUCUUCUUCUCCAUGUUGGAGGACAUCCCCAAAAACGAGGACACCCACGACUGGUUCUUCACGAGCAAGGAGAUCAACGAGACAGGGCAGUACUUCGUGGGCAUCGGAGAAUUCAAACCCGAUUUCAACGUGAGCCUUAUGCAGGAUCCUUGGGGCAAUAACGUGACAAACGACGCCCUUCAGAACAUCACCAUUGACUAUUACCUAAGGGUGUUCACGUCCGGGUGUUAUUACUUCAAUAAGACCCUUAAUGACUGGGUGGAUGAUGGGUUGGAGGUGGUCUUCUCGAACUACAACGCCACGGAAUGCAACACCACUCACCUCACCAGCUUCGGUUCAGGGAUGUUCGUGAUGCCGAACACCAUUGACUUCAGCUUCGUCUUCGCCAACAUGGGAUUCUCCGAUAACCUGACUAUCUAUCUGACGUUGAUUCUUAGUUUGUCUAUUUUCGUUCUGCUGAUGAUCUGGGCGAGGUACAAGGAUAAGAAGGAUUUGUCGCAGCUCGGAGCCACCCCACUCCCGGACAACAGCGCUAAGGACAAGUACCUCUACGAAGUCCUCGUGUUCACCGGCAACAAGAAGGAAGCGCAGACGGACUCGACGGUGCAGUUCAUCCUGACGGGGGAGAGAGAGGAGACCGACGUCAGAACCUUCAAAGACGAGCAGCGGAAGGUGUUUAGGAAGGGCGCCGUUGAUGUGUUCGUGAUGGCGGUUCCUAGGCCCCUCGGCGACCUGGAGUUCCUGCGCAUCUGGCACGACAACACCGGGAAAGGACCGAACGCGUCUUGGUAUCUGAGUUACAUCGUGUUCCGUGACGUCCAGACGGGCAAGAAAUACGAGUUCAUCGCCAAUAAGUGGUUGGCGGUGGAGAGUAAGGACGGACAGAUCGACCGCCUCCUUCCUGUCGCUGGCAAAGAACAGAUGACGGAGUUCACGCAUUUGUUCAACACGACGAAGAACAAGAACUUAGCUGACGGUCACCUGUGGUUCUCCGUGUUCUUGCGUCCUCCCAGGUCGCGGUUCACCAGGUGUCAGCGUGUUGCCUCAUGCUUCGCCCUGCUCUUCCUGUCCAUGUUGGUGAACGCUAUGUGGUACGACCAAGUUCCUGAGCAGCCUGGAACGGGAGGCCUUCAGUUGGGGCCUUUCAGUCUUAGUCCUGAACAAGUUCUGAAUCGGCGUCGGGGUGAUGAGCAACCUGAUCGUGUUUCCUCCUUCUGUCCUCAUCGUCUUUUUCUUCCGGAAGGCGAGGCCGAGGAAACUCAGGAAGUCGAGGGUCACGGAGGCGGUGGAGAGGACGCAAAGCGCAAGAAAUUCACGCUGCCCUGGUGGAUGUCGCUCGUGGCCUGGCUCCUCGUCGUCGCUUGUAUAGCAACUUCUUGCUUCUUCCUGCUCAUGUAUGGCGUUAUGUUCGGAAAUUCUAAGGCGACCAAGUGGGUGACGUCCCUUAUCGUCUCGUUCUUCUCCUCGAUACUUUUCAUCCAGCCUUUGAAGAUCUUCAUAACGGCCAUGAUCGUGAGCGCCGUCUUCAAGUCAGUCAACCUGGACGAGGACGACGCAGACGAGGACGAAGAGGAUCCCGAGCUGGAGGACGACGAGGCGUGGAUGCAUGACGGGGACCGCAAGAAAACGAAGAAGAAACUGGAAUACAAGAAAGCGGAUUCCCGAGUGCUGCAGGAACUGAGAGAACGGCGAAGGAAGGAGGUGGAGAUGUACGAGAUCCUACGAGAGAUCUUCGCCUACAUGAUGUUCUUGUGGGUCCUGCUCAUCCUCUCGUACGGAAAUAGGGACCCCAAUGCGUAUUUUCUACAGCAGAGCCUCAAUCAGGGUUUCAUUCACAAAGGAGCACUCGAUGGCAGCGACUACACGAAGGCCACCAACGCAGACCGAUUUUGGCGUUACUUGCACGUAGGCCUACUUCCCGAUCUACGUGCAGACCGCCUGUAUAACGGUAGCCCCCCCUACGGCCUGCGGGGCUACCUGGGCGAUCAGUGCAACAGGAUCAUGGGCUAUGCAACCAUCAGGCAGGCUAGGAUUAAGAAGGAUUCGUGCAGAGUGAACAAGAAGUUACGCGGAAUCAUCAAGAGCUGCAGCGGUUUCUCCAACGUCUUCAAGGAGGAAAACGAGGCUUUCUGCGCCGACUGGAAACCUCCGACCAACCUCACUAAAGAUACGGCGGACUGCAAUAUCCCCGAAUUCAGCCACACCUCCGGCCUGGAUCUGAACACCCUCCCGACGGUGGGGAUCUUGGACAUCUACGGCGCGGGGGGCUACGUCGUGCACUUGAACGGGUCUUCGAAGAACCUGAAGAAGAAGCUGACGUUCCUGCAGUCGAAGGGAUGGAUCGACCACCUCACUCGCUACGUGGUGGUGGAGUUCGCGUCGUAUAAUGCACAGGUCAAUCUGUUUGGACUGUCGCACAUAAGGGCAGAAUUCACACCAGGAGGGGGGGUGACGCCGAGCUUCAGUUUCGGCUUGUUCAUAAUGGUGUGCGAGGCUUCGUUCGUCGCUUUCAUCGUCUACUACACCUUCAGAGAGUUUCGUCAGCUGUGUCGGGACAAGACGGAGUAUUUCAAGUGCUAUUGGUCCUAUGCUGAGAUCGCCAUCAUCGUUACGUCAUAUGCUACCAUUGUCGUCUAUAUUGCGAGACACCUGGCCACGCAGUCCGUCGUCGAAGUCUUCAACCUGACGCACGGAAACGGAUACGUGAACCUCCAGCACGCCGCUUCCCUGGAUGAGCUUUAUUCCUACUUGGUGAGCUUCAUCGUGUUCGUGUCGACGCUCAAGUUCAUUAAGCUUCUCAGGUUCAACAGGAGGAUUGGCGUGCUGACCGCCACCCUCCGCCAGUGCUGGGAUGACCUGAGCGGCUUUCUUAUCGCUUUUAUCAUCUGCUUCUUGUCCUUCACCGGGAUGUUCUAUCUCCUGUUGAACAGCCAGCUCGAAAACUUCCAUAAUUUCGUCAUUUCUGUGGAGACCUGUUUUAGUAUGAUGCUCGGGAAGUUCCAAUUCGAGGAGAUGAAACAAGCAUCUUCAGUCGUGCCAGUCAUGUUCUUCAUCUUCGUCCUGUCCAACUCCUGGGUCCUCAUCAACCUCCUUCUUACGGUUAUCAUCAGGUCUUUCGAGCAGGUAAAACACGACAUAAAGCAACAGCCUUCGGAUUACAUGAUGGUUUCCUUCGUCUGGAGUCGCAUUCGGGGUUUCCUCGGCAUGCAGGGACCCCCACCGCCCCCCUCCGUUAGCAUGGCCACGCCCCUCCCCGCCUCCGAAGCCCCGCCCCCUUGUGAAGAGGAGGAGGAUGUGGGGGAGAGAGUUGAGGAACUGCCCGAUAAAGUGGACAAGUUCCUAGAGUUCGUGGAUGAUGUCUAUUUCAACGGGACUUUGGACCUGCACAAUAAGGAAUUCCUGAAGACGUACAUCGGGAAACCUUCAACCCGAUCGUCAAGCCAAAGCCGAGGUCGAUCCAGUUGGCGCAGGGAAUCGGAGGGGUACGUGCCCGGGCCCAGAACUCGAAAUGUCAUCCAGGAUUCCUUAGAUGAUGUCUAA